ACCCGGCCCCACAGAGGCGGCCCCGGCCGGGGGACAAGUCGUACGAGAGCAGGCCGUGCCAGCCCGCAGGGAGCUGUGGAGCUUGCCAGAGGUCGACUUCCCAAAGGCGAGAAAGAGGCUGGAACGAAAGCCUGUGCCCAUCGUGAGGGCUGAAGGCUCAGAGAUCUUAUUUGGGAUUGCGCCGUGUUCCCUGGCGCUUUUGCAGUCCAGAAGGAACCUGUUCAGGUUGUUCCUCAAGCAGACCAGCGGCUCUCGGCGGCUUGUUAUGAGUGAGUUUGUCCUUCAGGCCACAGCACGGGGAGUCCCAGUGCACUACGUCAAAAGGAGAGAACUGGAUGCUCUUUGCAGGGGUCAGGUCCACCAGGGAGUUUGUUUGGAGGCCACUCCUCUCCAUUUCAAGAGGUUGGAGGAAGCUGAAAAGCCUGAUUUGGGGGGUGAAGAGAGUCCGAACCAACAGCUGAUAUGGCUGGUGUUGGAGCAGAUCCAGGACCCCAUGAACCUGGGGGCGCUGCUGCGCUCUGCGUACUUCUUGGGGGUCGACAGAGUGGUGGCGAGCCAGAGGAACAGCUGCCCCUUGACUCCAACAGUGAGCAAAGCUAGCUCUGGAGCUAUGGAAGUCUUCGAUGUCUACAGCACCGAUGAUCUCCGGAGCUUUUUGAAGGCUAAAGCUGCAGAAGGCUGGGAAGUUGUGGGAACAGUCAGCAAGCCUGAGGAUGUGGAAAAUGUUCCUGUCAUCAGUUGCUCGGAAUUUCGGUGGAAUAAACCUGUUAUUAUAGUAAUAGGCAGUGAAGGUGACGGGCUUUCCCUGGAGACGCAGCUCCUGUGCCAUCGGAUGCUGGCCAUACCCCCUGGCAGAGCACUGCACCCUGGGAUCGAGUCGCUGAAUGUGUCUGUUGCUACUGGUAAAAACAGUUCUGAGUUCAAAGGCAUCAUAGCCCAAAUUUCUGUAUUUAAUAACCAGACAGGACUGCAGAACAAUGUUCUUGUAGUUUAA